UUGUUUGUGUAUACAUAAAUGUAAACAAAAUUCAACUGCUAUAAUUUUUUUUUGUUUUUAUUGCUAUCAAUGUUGCCAACAUUUCAACGAUACUAUCAAAAGCAUACCAACAUGACAAAAAAAUAAAUAAAUAGAUAGUAUGAUACUAUACUCAAUAGCCAUGAGUCAUAAACUCAUAAUAUACAUGUAUGUAUUAUAAAAAAAAUAUAUAAAUAUCAAAAAUAUAUAAAACGUCAUUCCAAAUUUCCAAAUUACUUAAAAAUUACUCAAAAUUAUUCCAAAUUGUUUGUUUCAAUUACAUACCAUAAGUAUAAGUGCACACACAAACAAUAUACCAAGCUAUGUGAAGCAUUAAUUGUGCUAAUUAUUAUAAUUAUUUUUCUCAAAUGAAUAUAAUGAUUUAAAUUGUAUGACAAUAAUUGUUGGUAAUUGUUAUUUAAAUGGUACAUCAAGGUUUUGUUUGACAGGUAUAAACAUGUACAAAGAUAAAGGUACUUUAUCACCAUCACCAUCAUCAUCAUCAUCAUCAUCAUCAUCAACAACAACAUCAACAACAGCAAAAAAACAAUAUGACAAAAAUAAUAUAAAUAUAAGUGAUCCUGAUGGACGACUUAAAUUAUUGACUGAGAUGGCAGUUGUUGAUAUACGUCCAGAUGUUUCACCAGCCAAGUAUUAUCGAUCUGGUGCUGAAAUGAUUAGAAUAGCUGAACAAUAUAAAAAUCAAGGUGAAAUACAAAAGGCUUAUGUACUUUAUGUUAAAUUUAUAAUUCUUUUUCUAGAAAAAAUUAUAAAACAUCCACUCUAUAAAAAUGUAUCACAAGAUGAUAAAGCCAAAAAUAAACAAACACUCAAAAAAAUAUUUCCAAUAACUGAGGAAUUAAAAAAAAAAAUAUUACAACAAUACAAAGAAGAGGCAAAAAAAUAUAUUGCUGAUGAAGAACAAAAAAAAUUAAAAAUUGAUGAAGAAAAUCGAAGGUUUAAAAAUUUAGUAAAUGACGAUGAUAAAAAUAAUAGUAAUUAUAAAUUACUACCUCAUCAAAAUGUUGAUUCGUUUGUUCAUGAUAAAAAAUUCAAUUUGGAUGACAAAGAAACACCAGUAUUUGAUCGUUCAUUGAAACCAGCUUCAUCACAGAUAUCUAGUCACAGAUUUUCAUUGAGUGAUCUUAAACUUCCCUCAAAAUUAAUAAGUGAAUUUUUAAAAUUAUCAAAUAGUAAUACAUUGAGUAACAAAGAAACAUGUGGUAUAUUAACUGGUAAAAUGGGAAAAAAUCAAUUAUUUGUAACACAUUUAUUGAUACCACAUCAGAGUGGAUCACCAGAUUCUUGUUUAACUCACAAUGAAGAGGAUAUAUUUGAUUAUCAAGAUCAACAUAGUCUUAUUACUUUGGGCUGGAUUCAUACACAUCCAACUCAGACAGCAUUUCUAUCGAGUGUUGAUUUACAUACCCAUUGUGCCUAUCAGCUGAUGCUUCCUGAGGCAAUUGCUGUUGUUUGUGCUCCAAAAUAUGACGAAACUGGAUUUUUCAUGUUGACUCCUGAACAUGGUCUUGAUUUUAUUGCACAUUGUCGAGCAACUGGUUUUCAUCCUCAUCCAAAUGAAAAAACACUUUACACGCAUGCGACACACUGUAAACUAGAUUCAACAAUGGACAUCAAAAUUGUUGAUCUUCGAAAAAACAAAUAAAUUUAAAUACGGUACAAAAAAAAAA